AGGCUCUUCAGUCUCCCCAUCCCAUUUGCCAUUUCCAUCAUCUGAGAGCCCUAUUUCAUCUGCAACCCCAUCAUCUCCAACAGCUCCAUCUGUGCAAACUGAAAGCUCUUCAGUCUCCCCAUCCCAUUCGCCAUUUCCAUCAUCUGAGAGCCCUAUUUCAUCUGCAACCCCAUCAUCUCCAACAGCUCCAUCUGUGCAAACUGAAAGUAAGGAAAUCUCAUUUUUCUCGCAUUCAUUUAUAGGAGGGCUAGAGAUAUUCUUAAAGUUUGCUUUCGAUCUGCUGCUUGAUUGGUGCUUCUCUAUUGAUCAUUUUUGCAUUUGCAAGUGCCCUUUUCCCCCCCGAAAAUUUCUCCUUCUGGGUCUUCACCAAGGAAUCCAAAGAUGCCGCUCCUGCCACGAAUUCAAGCACUACCACCUCCUCCGCCUAAUGAAGGUGUUCACAGGAAAACUGCUCCACUAGAUUGGGGUGCACGAUUGAAGAUAGCGCUGGGUGCUGCUCGGGGUCUAGCCUAUCUUCAUGAGGAUUCAAGUCCCCGUGUCAUACACAGAGACUUCAAGUCCAGCAACAUCUUAUUGGAAUGUGAUUUUACGCCCAAAGUAUCUGAUUUUGGUCUUGCACGGACUGCACUGGAUGAGGAAAGCAGGCACAUUUCAACUCGUGUCAUGGGAACUUUUGGAUAUGUGGCUCCAGAGUAUGCAAUGACUGGGCAUCUUCUUGUGAAGAGUGAUGUUUACAGCUAUGGAGUAGUCCUUCUUGAGCUCAUAACAGGAAGAAAACCCGUAGACAUGUCUCAGCCUCCAGGUCAAGAGAAUUUAGUUGCCUGGGCACGUCCACUCCUCACUAGUAAAGAACUUUUAGAAUCUACUGUAGACCCAUCUCUGGGCCCUAAUUUUCCUUUCGAUAGCAUUGCUAAAGUAGCUGCUAUUGCUUCAAUGUGUGUUCAACCUGAGGUAUCACACCGACCUUUUAUGGGUGAGGUGGUUCAGGCCUUGAAACUAGUGUGUAACGAGUGUGAUGAAACAAAAGAACUGGGAUCCAGAAGUUGUAGCCAAGAGGAUUUGUCCAUUGAUAUGGAUGUCAGGAUUUGUACCAAUUUGGGUCACUUGCUUGAUCCUUUUCAACCUCAUUCUCCAGCUUCUAAUUAUGAUUCUGGGCUUGAUCUUGAGAGGGGGCUUUCGAUGUCAGAGUUACUCAGCGCAUCAACAAGAUUUGGGAGGCAGGAAUCUGAGACAUCUAGGAGGUACUCAAGUUCUGGUCCUUUGAGAACAGGAAGGGGCAGGUGGCGUUGGCAGAGGAUGAGGAGAUUGUCUGGAGACAGUAUGAGUGAUCAGAGGGUAAUAUUCAGUUUCAGGCCUGGAUCCCAUUAAUAUUGUAAUUUCCUUUUUCGAAUAAUGUUCUGGAAUCUUUUUGGAAUUUUCGAUGAGAGCAGCCAUGUGGUCAUCCAAGAGAAUAAAAGGGUUGCAUGAGCUGGGGACUCAUAAAUGAGCUGAGCAAAGUUGUUGAUGGGUGGUCAAAGAACUUUGCAGCUGCAUAUUUUGGACAAGUGCAAAGUCCACUACAAACUAACCUUAAUAAAUGUGCGAUGUUAUCGGGGAAGAGAGAGUUUUGAUCAAGGCUGGCUGUCAUCAUCUCAACUUGAGGAGUCACUGACUGAAUUGUAUGAUAAAUGUUGAUCCAGACAUUCAGCCCUUACUAGAGAUCGAUUGAGAUUUGUUUAGGAGUGAUGAAGAGCUUAGUUCCUGACUUGUAUAGAACAUGUGUUUGUACCAUAAAAUGCCUCUCUUCAGUAAAGCAAUCUGAUCAACUAGUUUGGAUAUUCAUGUUUUUAUCAUUGCAGCCUCUAAUGCAAAGAUCCUAGAGAGGGACAGUUGAGAGAGAGUGCAAAUGUAUGUAGGCUCCAGAGGAAGGGAAAGGAACAUUUUAUGAUAAUCAUACCAUUUUAUGACACAAUGCAGAGGGGAGGGAAGAGCCAGCCGGUCCACCAGCAGAUGAUAUGCGUUCUUUUCAUUGUCAGCUCCUUUUUUUUUAUUUUAUUUGAGUUGAAGAAUCAAUAAACUCGAGAUUUAAGAUUUAGAUCUUCAACUACUUUUGAAAGGGUCUGAUACGAGAGUCAAUUACA